AUGACCAGCAACUCGACCACGGCUCGGCCUAGCAUGAUGCCCAUUGCUAACGGCACCUUGAUGGAUUGCGCCCACUAUCUCAACCCGCCACUCCUGCUCAAUUCCAUUACCCGAAACACGUCAACCCGAUGUUCCGAUAUUGCGCGUGCAUAUGGCGUGAGUGUCAGCGAUCUUAUCGAGUGGAAUCCCACACUAGAAGGCACCAGCGAAGCCUCGUGUGAAGUCACCACAGACUACCGCUACUGCGUGCAACACUAUCUGCAGGAAGAAGAACAAGCUACCAAGUAUUGCAUUUGCAAGGAACUCGCGACGCCGGGGUACACGUGCAGUCAGUUUUCCGGAACUCAGGGAAUUGAUAUGGCCGAGUUUGUGGCGUGGAAUCCUAGUGUGGGACCCGACUGCGGAAACUACACAGCAGGUAAGUGUAUCUUUGGUCCGUUCUUAUACCGCCAGCCAGGUAUCAUUUCCAACUGCAACAAAUUCGUCAUGCCCAACACGACCAGUUGGAUCAAAAAACCGUGCGAAAUCAUCGAGACGAACUUUGGUCUCAGCCAUGCCCGCUUUGUGGCUUGGAAUCCCAAA